CAGCGUCUAGCGAGAUAAGGAAAGGGAAAAGAACGAGAUUAAUUGUUUGCGUGUGUGCUUCUGCUGUGGUGUUUUUCUUGCCUGCCCAUACGUUAAAACACAGUAAUUUUGCUAAUGUCUGCUGCGCAACCCCGUUGUGAGGGAACCAGGCGUUCUGUUUGUUGUUGUGUCGAGUGAAAAGUAUCAACCAUCACACAACAACCAGUUCUGCGCCUUACUUCUAGCAAACAAUUCUGCAGACACAAAAACAAAUGUAAUCUAGUUUCGAAUUAUCGUUCGGUGCUUCAAGACUAACAAAAUAACAAACAAACAAGCGGCCGAUAUGCCCGCUGAACGGCUUAUAUUAAUAGUAUUGCGCGAAAACUUGUUUGUGUUGUCGGUAGCAUUUUUGAUUGCAACCGCUGGGGUAUCCCCAAUGCGGGAGAUCCCUCUCGCGGUAUUAUAAUUCUGAGAAAUUUGGAAAUGUUUUAAUGCAAGCCCGGUACUGCAAAAUACUAAAAUAAAGAUGGGAACUUGGAAGCAAGUCUUCCAGAAAAGUGGUGGCUUCCCCCAGCAACGACUCAUGAUCCGCGAACCCAUCCGCGACGGUUUCAUUCAUGCCGAACGGAACACGAUAGAAGGAUGCCGUAACCGGAUUUGUGAAACAUGAAACUACACGACUCCCCAAAUAGGCGUACGAUGACUUGCAAACGCAUGGAGAAACGCAUGAAGAGCUCAAGCCAUUCAAAUAUUUGACUGUUCAAAAAGGCCGUACGAUCGAUGCCGAACUUUGGUCAAGCAUCUUUGGCUUUCCUCGCGAUCAAAGGUCGCCGUGGAGAGUGGCCAUUGACGUAAAAUGACGUGUCUCUGACCGCCAUGCCAGACACUAGCCCAGUUUCCAGUUUGCUUUCGACAGGUAGAACGAAAGAUCCGGUAUGGCUUGACAUUCCGGUACCCGUUCCGUGUAUCCUUUACGCGUCCAAGGACGACAACCACAAUUGAAACAAGUUAUCGAAUAAAGUUUCCAUCGAUCGGUGGUCCAAUUUUUCCAUGAAAGGCGGAUUUUCUACCGGUUCGUAGGGGUGCAGUUGCACACCCCAAAACUCCCCGUCGGAUGCGUUUGUCGCUACGGAUCGUCCGGUUUUUCCCAGCUCAACCUAAGCACGCACCGGGGGGGUCCGGGGCAAAGCGCGGAACCUGUCCCAAACCCAGCCACAACCUCAUCAGAACCCACCCUUAGUGUGGGGUCUGUUCGUCGACUUCGUUUGUGUGCUCGCGCAUUCGUUCGCGUUCGUCGUUGGUCGUUCGUGCGCCACCCUUGCGCGAGUGGGGAUGGUGUCUAUAAAAGCAUGCGCAGCCGACUUUGCUUCGUGUAUUUUACAUUCAGCAAGCAACGUGUAACGUUUUCGCUCAGGGCCGUGUUUCGUGUUUGACGCCGACUAUAUUACACUCAAACAGUGACGCGUGUGUGCCCCUUCUACGCUAUUAGCGCGUGCCAAAUCCAUAUAUCCGUGUGCGAGACACUAACUCCGCAAACAAGCGUUGGAAUUACGCAAUAACGGCUACCAAGUGUGAAACGGUGGUGAUAACAAACAAAGCAGACAAAAUGGUGAUAGCGACCAAGAUCCGUACCAGCAGCAUUAGCAGCACGAUUGAGGGUGGUGACAUUGACGCCAAAUUGGCGAACCUGUUCCUCGAUUCGACGACCACGGGCAAAGACAACGUUGGUGGUGGCGGUGGCGGCGGCGGCGACGACGGUGGCAUGAUGAUGGUGGAACCGAUCGGGGCCACCGUCCGCCGGGCGCUGGUUGCCGCAAGCCGGGAGGACCGUGCCAUCGUCGGAUUGUCGGAAUCGAUAAACGCACUCUCGAAGACGCCGGAGGAUUUUCUCUUCUGCUUUCUGGCCGCCUCGGGCAAUCCGGCCAACCACAUGCAUCAGGUGCUGCUGGAGGCGUUCUGUUUCGAGCAUGAUAUUUACAUAAUUAAGGUUGAUAGUGCAGAAAAGUUAAGCCGCAUGCUCGGGACGCCGCGCGUUGAGUCCUGUGCCUUGCUGCAAAAGAGUUGGUCCGAGGGACGGACGGAAACCAUCACCGACGUGGAGGACCAGCUCGUCGACUACUGCGAGGAGCACUGGGAAGCUCCAAUCAAGCCAAUCGUUAAGCUACCAGAAAAGUAACCCUCGCCACCUGCACUGUCCUCAGUGACCAAUGCCUACUGAGAAAACACAACAAAGCUGAAAAAACACCUUGACGACCAGUCAAAGUGUCCCGCGGAGAGGAGACUCAUGUCCGAGCUGCUCCUUCUGAUCCGUUUGCCUGCGAAUGGAUGGCGAAGCGGUUGGAACAGUUCCGACGGAACAGAAAAAGUGAGCGAGAAAACCGUGUGCAUGUGCAUGAAGAACUGAAACUGUCUGAUCGUUUGCUAUAAUGCGGUGGUUUGAUUUUACUACGGUGCGAAAUCGCGGUGCAAGUGAAAUCUACCGUCGAUAAAUCGUUGUGCUGCGCGCGAGUGAUCAACAGACUUAAGGGAGCAAGAACUAUUAGUGCGAUGGAGAUGACGGAAAUGGACGCGACAGUGUUACAAACACAGUGUUUUUACAACAGUUACAAGAACAUUACAACAUUAACGCCGGAAUGUGUAAGUGCGUGUCGUUAUAGGCACCACUACUACAACCAUCACUAGAGUGCUACACUACUGCUACCGUUUAUGUUACUACAACAUAUAAUGUAGGUUUAAAACCCCCUCACUAAACAUGUGUAAUAAAGCAAACGAGACAACUUUUGUGAAUGAAAUUCAUAA